GGGUAACAUGGUUAAUUAUCACGGGUUCGAUGAAGGUUCAUUAGACAUUUUUGGUCGCAAAUAUAUAAGCAUUAGAGGUGGUUCACUAUGCGAUGGUGAUGAAAAUUCCAAACAAAGUCAAUUACGCCUUGUAGGAUGUUAUUGA